AAUAGAAAAAUAAUCAUGAUUUAGCAUGCCUACGACAUUCGCAAUCACCCUUGCUGCCAAGAGCCCACGGAGAACAUUAGUCUCUCGAUGAUCAUUGACGCGUACGAGAUCUACGGGCACGACCCGACAGACAAGCUCGAUCACCUGGCUCAUUACCAGAUAGAGAUGAUGAAGAUUAAAAGAGCACCUGAUCAGUAUAUAAUUAAUGAACACGUCCACAUCGCAACUGAUCAUCUCGGAAGAUUUAUAAACAUGCACAUAAAAGAACUCAAGGUACUGUUAAUCGCUUUGGACGAUGCGAUAGACAACAUGUUGACAAUGUACGACAAUCACAACGCAAUCAAAACGGAGCGAGUUGCUACGUUCAACUCUGGCGCUGGCGGGGCUGUCCCGUCUGAAUUCUAUCUUAGUCAAGAAUUUUACUGUGGCAAGAAUGUCUACAUCUUCAUAUCGGAGCUGUACAGCGAUAUAUACAACAUGGGGCGCGGGGUCGCCCCCUACUGCAGGGGUCGGGGGUUCCAUUUUCUGGGGUUCAUACAUUUCGCCGACGACAAAAAAUACUAUCUGGAAGAGGAUCCGAGUAUAGCCUUCCAAGGAGACAACUACAUACAUGGUCUGGAGUGUCAUCUAGGUAUUUGUAUUUACAGGUUUCCCUUUAAAAAGAGUCUCCAACACGUGAGGGACGUGUCAACGCUUCCGAAGGCGAUCGUUAAAUGCGGUCUCAUAAUGUACAAGCUACCCCCGCUUACCGCCGCGUCUUGUAUCAUCACCUCGGGAUCUUUUAUACUAGAUUUUAAUAUUCAAGGGAUAAGAUUUAGACAUUAUGACUAUAUGCUGUUUCUUCCAAAUGGCCAUUCAUUUUACACAAAAGAAAAACAAACUCCGUUAGUUUGCGACCAUCACGUUUGCGAAUGGAACAACACCAAUUUUUACGGGGGACCCUUUAUAAUCCCAGGCGACCCUGGCACAGGGUUGUCACCAAUCCCGCCAUACCUCGAACAAACCACGGAGCCGUUUUACCGUUCUACGGAACCGUCUGUCCCCGAUUAUGGCAACAUUACUUACACCUUGGACGGAUGUUGGUUUAUGUUCCCUCCUAACUACGGUUCCAUAGCCGGUGUCAGCUACCUCGACCCUCUCACCGUUAACGAGUACCGGUAUACGUGCUCUGGUACUGGAAAUAAGGGUUUGUAUUGGUAUCCACAAUGGAUGGGCGCCCCGCCACAUCAUCCGUACCCUCGUUCUGGGGAUUCCCCGGCAGACCUCCACGCGGACGUGCCUGGCGUGUUCUACCCUCAUCAGUCCGCCGCUGAACUACCACCAGAGAUACCUGGAUUCCGCAUUGGCACUAAUUAAAUACAUGUUUAUAAUUUAUGAUGCUUGUUUACAUGUUCACUUAGGUAUAGUUUGACCAGAAAUAAAAAUCGCUGCGUUGGGAGCGCCCGAUAUAUUGUUUAGCUAUCUGGACUUUGAAUGCUUGUAGAAGAAAUUAUUCCUGUGUGUACCGCAACAUUACAAGGAUUUUUAUUCUUAUAGCCAAGUUACACAUAUUGUUUCCUUUACUGUUUCACCAAG